UCCCUUGACAUUUUAGGAUAUGACAGAAGCAGUUCAUAUCAGCAGUGAAUAAUCUUAAUCUUGAGGGACCAGUAUUGGUGUUAAAUGGGCGGACACCGGAAGGAGUCCCACCAAAAAUGGCACCGCCUACCGUUGUAAGUCGGAGUAAAGAUUCCAUAGAGUUGACCUGGGAAGCUCCAUGGCCUCCAGGAGGAAUCAUAACUGAAUAUGAUAUAGGUUAUACGAUGGAAGUGACUAACUGGAAGGUAUUAAUUGUGAGCUCUGACACUAGGGGGAAGUCUAUAGGCGACCUUCAAUACAACACGACGCACUGGUUUAGGAUUCGUGCAAAGACCAACCUUGGCUACGGCGAGUACAGUGAGACCAUUGAAACAAUAACAGUUGAAGGAAAGCCAGGACCACCUUCUAACUUCACCGCUACAAGCAGAUCGCAAACGUCUCUAGAAUUUUCAUGGAAAGCACCACGUGUCAGAAAUGGAAUAAUAACAGGCUACAAGAUUGAAUGUUACACUGAUGGCAAAGGUGUCUCCGCAGAGCUCAGUAUGCAUGCAAGAAGCUACAUGUUUAAACAGUUGGUAUCGGGGACUAGGUACACGUGUAGUUUGAAAGCCAAAACGUCGGCAGGGUAUGGGAAUUCGUCACAGCUUGUCACGUGGACGGAACCAAAAGAUUCAGAAAUCGGUGGGAUCGUCGGUGGUGUUGUUGGCGCCACAUUUGUGGCGGCGGUGGUGGUUAUGGCAAUCGUGAUAACACUGCUGAGAAGACGAAGACGAGAACGGGAGGCUAACAGUUCAAGAAGUGUUCCUGAAAGAGAAGUCUCCAAUCUAGGGCUGGAGCACUGCAGUGAAGAUACUGAUUACGAACAUCCAAUGCGCCAUUGGCAGGAAACCCUGUACACGGACCUCGUGCUACGUUCAAAUGACGACGUGGAGCAACCCGUCACUGGCGGUCUUGGUGAAGAUCGCUCUAGAUUUUGAGCGUUUUGCAGAU